UCGAGGGGCGGGCGCUGCGUAAAGAGCCUGGAGCGGCGCCGGGCGAGCCAGAAGCACAUCCGGCCGCGGGAGAGUUGCGUCGUCUUCCGAGCGGAGAGUGGAGGCUGUGUCCCACAGACUCUGGCAUCAUGAACAUAUUUGAUCGGAAGAUCAACUUUGAUGCCCUCUUCAAAUUUUCCCACAUAACCCCCUCAACACAGCAGCACCUGAAGAAGGUCUAUGCCAGUUUUGCGCUGUGCAUGUUUGUGGCGGCUGCGGGGGCCUAUGUCCACGUGGUCACCCAUUUCAUUCAGGCUGGCCUGCUCUCUGCCUUGGGUUCCCUGGGAUUGAUGAUUUGGUUGAUGGCCACACCUCAUAGCCAUGAAACUGAGCAAAAAAGGCUGGGACUUCUUGCUGGAUUUGCUUUCCUUACUGGAAUCGGCCUGGGCCCUGCUCUGGAGCUGUGUAUCGCCAUCAACCCCAGUAUCCUUCCCACGGCCUUCAUGGGCACAGCAAUGAUCUUCACCUGCUUCACCCUGAGUGCACUCUACGCCAGGCGCCGGAGCUAUCUGUUCCUUGGAGGUGUCUUGAUGUCAGCCAUGAGUCUGAUGUUCUUGUCUUCUCUGGGCAACCUUUUCUUUGGAUCCAUUUGGCUUUUCCAGGCAAAUCUGUAUAUGGGGCUGGUGGUUAUGUGUGGCUUUGUCCUUUUUGAUACUCAACUUAUCAUUGAGAAGGCUGAAAAUGGAGAUAAGGAUUAUAUCUGGCACUGCGUUGACCUCUUCUUAGAUUUUGUUACUCUCUUCAGAAAACUCAUGCUGAUCCUGGCCAUGAAUGAAAAGGAUAAGAAGAAAGAGAAGAAGUGAAACGACCGUCUGGCCUUUCCCUCUCGACUUCCUCUCCCUCCACCCCUCAUCUUCUCUUGCACACAUUGCAGGUGGCGUGUCCUAUGAUAAUGAAAAGCAUCAGAAAAGCUUUUGUACUUUGUGGUCUUCUCUAUUUUGAAUUUUUGGAUCAAAAAACUGAUUAGCAGAAUAUAGUUUGGAGUUUGGCUUCAUCUUCCUGGGGUUCCUCCCCACUCCCUUUCCUGUCAACCCCGCCCUUGCCCUCCUCCUCUGCUCUGGCCGUCUGUCCACGUGACGAGGACUGGGCGGUGCGGAGGCAGCAAACGUCACACAUCCGCUUUCCAACCAUGCUUCACCAGGACUGAGCUGUCCAGUAGAGUCACCUGGCCUCUCCUUUGCGGUGUUGGUCUGUGCGCGGGUGCUGUGGGACAGAGCAGUGUGUUUUCCAUUGGAAAGAAGCUUGCUGGUCCGGUGUGACUCGGGCUCAUUAGAUCUGAACUUCGGUCAACCCCUCCAACGAAAAUGAAGAGCCUCUUCUGAUGAAUAUUUGGCUGCCUCCAACUUUCCAAGUUCCUGCUGGUCCGGCAAAUGCCUUUUUGCCUUGCCGUCAUGAAAAGAAAUGUGGAUUUCUGGGGUUCCCUUCACAUCCCUUGCCUGAUCCUUGGGGUGCAUGCCUGCUCUUCCCUCCACAGGGCAAGGGGAUCUCAGCACGAAAGCACGAAGGGAGAGCUCGGCAGACCUCUGUGAAAAGGCUGAAAUCUGUGUGACAGGCACAGGGGGAAAUCCCUCAGCUCCCCGGGGCUUUAUUAUUUUUCUGUUGGUUGAUCACUCCACCAGGUAGCUGCGAUUUCAGGUUUCAGAGGAGGAAGAACCGGGAGGGCGAAUGGUUGGGCCUGUGGGGGUCAUGUACUUGCCCAGCCAAACAACCUAGAUUAGAACUUGCCUGGGGCAGAAAGGAACAAAAUCUCCCCUGAAUGGUUCUUUGUUCCGAUCAACCGUCUUCUGGUCGUUUUGUCAUAUCCUGCCUGGACAUUGAAAGAUAACCAUCAAGCCAGAGCUUUGGGGCAGUAGAUAAAUGUUCAUUUUACACAUGCACUUUAGUUUUUGGCCUGUUCACGUGUUUCCAGAAAUCUUCACCCUCCCGGGUGGGGCUCAAGUGAUAAAAACGCAAACCACACCUGAUCGCCUACCAUGCGCGUGGUGGUUGCACGUGAGGGAGGCCACCCCGGACACAGACCACCAGCCCCUUCUGUGGCCUCGCAGCCACAGAGGAGGGACAGCGUGGGUGGCAGUGUGGACCUGGCUGCUCACAGGUUCUCGGGUAAGGGGUCCUCAAGAGCUGGUUCCCCGCAGGAUAGCGUUACUUGGCUCUCAGUUACAGCCAGUUUCCGGUGGUGGCUGACCUGCACCGGGUCCCUGUGCCCAGCUGUGUGAAACGCGGGCGUGGCUGCCCCCCAGGAUGCGACUCUGAUUUAGCUGCUGCCUCCAGCUCUGGCUUGAGAACUUCCUGGAGGGACUUCUUUCCACUAACCCCCCCUAGCAGCUCUCCAUCAGUUUGUUCUCUGCAAGGUCUGAGAAUCUGAAUAACAUCUCUUGAAGCCAAACUCCACCUCUUGUGCUUUUUAGCUUGGGAUAAAGGAGUUUUUCUUUAGAAACAGUGCCAAGAAUGACAAGAUAUAAAAAAAUAAAAAUACUUUUAAAGAAAAUGCCUAACAGGUUUUUAAUACAGUAAUCACUGUAAUUAUCACUUUCUUUUCUAGUUCUUGGUUUUCAGCCCAGGCUGCAUUCUCUAACUCAUACUGUGAAGACAAAGGUGUUUUUGAUUCAGAAAUAUAUGAGAUCUACAUAGUCUUAAUUUGUAAAAAAUAAAGAAAAUUCCUUAACCUUU